AUGAUUGCUUCCCUGGUCUCCCUAACCACUCUCAAAUACAUCCCUUCCCGACCCACCAUUCUCCCAUCAAGCCCCGACCCGCUCGAUUCUCGCCUUUUCCCUACAGCUGCCGUGUCGAUCGGAAACCGACUUAGCCAAGCGCACCGUCAGUGGGUCCCGUGCGCUAAGAAGCCACCACAGCUGAAUGACUGCCACUCCUAUCUCAACCCGGUUCCUUCCACUUCUGUCUCUCUGAUCAAGAACAAUGCAAAUGCUAAAUGGUCUUUUUCUUUCCGUUUUUGUUCUUUUCACCUUUCUCAUGCGGGUUUAUCUUCCUUCGUUUUUUUCUUUUUCUUCUUUCCUUUUCUCGAUUUCUUCACAAUCUUUCCCUCUGUAUUGAGCCUCUUUCUUUUCAUUAAUCUUUCUUUUGACAAAUUCUUUUUUCUUUCUCUCUUUUUUCAUCUUUUUCUAUUUCACUAA